AUGGCUUUUCGUAAUCGUCAGUCCAUGAUACAAUGGAUGCAAACACCAGGGAUAAUACCCAAUUGUCCACCCGGAUUGGAAUAUCUGACUCAGAUAAAUCAGUUACUAGUGUGUCAACGUUUCGAUCUUCUGGAAGUUCUCGGUUGUUUUGCAACAAGUAAAAAAUAUGAAGUCAUGAACAAUCAAGGACACAGAAUUUAUUAUGCAGAAGAAAGAAGUAAUUGUUUUCUCCGAUAUCUCUGUGGACCUUCAAGACCUUUUACCAUGACAAUUUAUGAUAAUGUAGGCCGUGAUGUCAUUACUAUGCAUAGAACUCUAAGAAGUAGCUGUUGCUGGAGAAACUGCUAUGUACAAAAGCUAAAAGUUGAAGCUCCUCCUGGUGAAAAAAUUGGAUAUGUGUAUCAAUACUUUCACCCAUUUUUGCCAAAGUUUAAAAUAAAAAAUGAGAAUAAGGAGGAUGUAAUGAAAAUUAGAGGGCCAUGUAUGCUUUCCAGCUGUGUCACGGAUCUAGAUUUUAAUUUAUUGUCUCUGGAUGAAGAAAUAGUUCUUGGCAAAAUUUCAAAAAAAUGGGCUGGAUUUAUGAGGGAACUAUUCACCAAUGCUGAUAAAUUUGGAAUCCAGUUUCCAUUGGAUCUUGAUGUUAAGAUAAAAGCACUGAUGCUUGGAGCAAGUUUCCUCAUUGACUACAUGUACUUUGAACACUGGCCAUAA